AUCAGUUCCAACUUCAGCAGCAUCAUCGCUGAAAAGCUGCGUUGCAACACCUUGCCCGACACUGGCCGUCGGAAACCGCAGGUCAACCAAAAGGACAACUUCUGGCCGGUGACGGCUCGCUCCCAGAGCGCCAUUAACAAUUGGUUCAACGACCUGGCUGGAACCAAACCCCUCACCCACCUGGCUAAAAAGGUGCCCAUCUUCAGCAAGAAGGAGGAGAUCUUUAGUUACCUGGCCAAGUACGCAGUGCCCGUGAUGAGAGCUGCCUGGUUGAUCAAGAUGACCUGUGCCUAUUACGCUGCCAUUACGGAAACGAAGGUGAAGAAGCGGCAUGUCAUUGACCCCUUCAGCGAGUGGACACAGAUCAUUACCAAGUUUCUGUGGGAGCAGCUGCAGAAGAUCGCCGACUUCCACCGGCAGCUGCUGGCCCAAGCCUGCGGCUCGCCUUCCAGCAUCAUGCCCCAGGAGGUGGAGCAUUCGGUCAAGCAGUGGGACUACAAUGAGAAGCUGGCCAUGUUUAUGUUCCAGGACGGGAUGCUGGACCGGCACGAGUUCCUCACUUGGGUGCUGGAGUGCUUUGAGAAGAUUCGGCCGGGCGAAGACGAGCUCCUGAAGCUGCUCCUUCCGUUGCUCCUGCAGUAUUCCAGUGAGUUUGUGCAGUCCGCCUACCUGUCCAGGCGCCUGGCCUACUUCUGCACCCGCCGCCUCGCCAUUCUGUUGGACGCCAGCGGUGGGCAUCCGGCUCACCACCUUCCCUCUCAGGCAGCCCCCGCGCUCCCUUCCACCCCGACUCCCCAGCCGGCUGCGGGAAACUCCUCCGCCAGCCCUUUCAGCGACCUCCUGUUGUGCCCCCAGCAUCGCCCCGUCGUCUUCGGACUCAGCUGCAUCCUGCAGGUCCGAGCGAGGCUGCGGGAGACGGAGCAGCAGAUCAAGGAGCGUGGGCAGGCCGUGGAAGUGCGCUGGUCCUUCGACAAGUGUCAGGAAGCCACCGCAGGGUUCACCAUCAGCCGGGUGCUCCACACUUUAGAAGUCCUCGACAGCCACAGUUUCGAGCGCUCGGACUUUAGCAACUCGCUGGAUUCUCUGUACAACAGGAUAUUCGGGGGAGGGCCGAGCAAGGACAGCCACGAGAUCUCCCCCGAUGACGACGCCGUGGUCGCUCUGCUCUGCGAGUGGGCCGUGAGCCACAAGCGUUCCGGGCGGCACCGAGCCAUGGUGGUGGCAAAGCUGCUGGAGAAACGGCAAUCUGAGAUAGAGGCCGAGCGCUGCGGCGACUCAGAAGUCGUGGACGAAAAAGGAUCCAUCUCUUCGGGUUCCCUGUCGGCCGUGAGCGCCCCAGUUUUCCAAGAAGUUCUCAUGCAGUUCCUCGACACCCAGGCCCCCAUGCUAACUGACCCCAGCAGCGAGGACGAGCGGGCCGAGUUCUUCAACCUGGUGCUGCUCUUCUGCGAGCUGAUCCGCCACGACGUCUUCUCGCCCAACAUGUACAUGUGCGCCCUGAUCUCGCGGGGCGACUUGGCUAUCGACCACGGGCCCCGUCCCGCCUCCCCCUUCGACGACGCUGCGGAGGAGCACCACGACCGGAAGGAGCGGGAGGGCGGCCACGGCAUCAAGCUGGAGGAUGCCAGCCUCUCGGAGUGUCACAUGGACAUUGACCACAGUUCCAACGCCAUCUUCGACGACAUGGAGAAGACUGAUUUCUCGAUGUUCUCUCCUUCCAUGCACUGUGAGUCCAAAGCGAGCCCUUCCCCGGAGAAAGUGGACCUUGAGAAGGACCGAGGGGCAGAUGGGACGUUGGCCGCCCUCUACGACCAGCCUCGGCACAUCCAGUACUGCACGCAUUUCCCCAUUCCCCAGGAGGAGUCGAGCAGCCACGAGUGCAACCAGCGACUGGUGGUCCUUUUCGGAGUCGGGAAGCAGCGCGACGAAGCCCGGCACGCCAUCAAAAGAAUCAGCAAGGAUAUCUUGAAGGUGCUCAACAGGAAAAGCACGGCGGAGACAGGAGGGGAGGAAGGGCAGAAGAGGAAGAGGAACAAGCCAGAGGCCUUCCCAACCGCAGAGGACAUCUUUGCCAAGUUCCAGCAUCUUUCCCACUUCGACCAGCAUCUCGUCACUUCUCAGGUCUCUCGCAACGUCUUGGAGCAAAUCACCAGCUUUGCCUUAGGGAUGUCCUACCACCUGCCUCUGGUGCAGCACAUCCAGUUCAUCUUCGACCUGAUGGAGUAUUCGCUCAACAUUAGCGGGCUCAUCGACUUUGCCAUCCAGCUGCUGAACGAGCUGAGCGUGGUGGAGGCCGAGUUGCUGCUGAAGUCUUCUGACCUGGUGGGCAGCUACACCACCAGCCUGUGCCUCUGCAUCGUGGCCGUCCUGCGGCAUUACCACUCCUGCCUUAUCCUCAACCAGGACCAGAUGGCCCAGGUCUUCGAAGGGCUCUGUGGGGUGGUGAAGCAUGGCAUGAACCGUUCGGAUGGCUCUUCGGCUGAGCGCUGCAUCCUGGCCUACCUCUACGAUCUGUACACGUCCUGCAGCCACCUCAAGAGUAAAUUUGGGGAGCUCUUCAGCGACUUCUGCUCCAAGGUGAAGAACACCAUCUACUGCAAUGUGGAGCCCUCGGACUCCAACAUGCUGUGGGAACCCUUGUUCAUGAUCGACACCAUCGAGAACCCCUCUGCCCACAACUUCACCUACAUCAACCUGGGCAAGAGCCUGGCGGACAACCCGGCCAAUCGCUACAGCUUCGUCUGCAACGCCCUGAUGCACGUCUGUGUGGGGCACCACGACCCGGACCGGGUCAACGACAUCGCCAUCCUGUGUGCGGAGCUGACCGGCUACUGCAAGCUGCUGAGCGCCGAGUGGCUGGGGGUGCUGAAGGCCCUGUGCUGCUCCUCCAACAAUGGGACGUGCGGCUUCAACGACCUCCUCUGCAACGUGGACGUGAGCGACCUGUCCUUCCACGACUCUCUGGCGACGUUUGUGGCCAUCCUCAUCGCCCGCCAGUGUCUGCUGCUGGAGGAUCUGAUCCGCUGCGCGGCCAUUCCCUCUCUCCUCAAUGCUGCCUGCAGCGAACAGGACUCUGAGCCCGGGGCCCGCCUGACCUGCCGAAUUUUGCUGCACCUCUUUAAGACCCCCCAGCUGAAUCCCUGCCAGCAGGAUAGCAGUAAGCCCUCGGUGGGCAUCCGCUCGUCCUGCGACAGGCACCUGCUGGCUGCUUCCCAGAAUCGCAUCGUGGACGGGGCCGUCUUUGCUGUGCUGAAGGCCGUCUUUGUCCUGGGGGACGCCGAACUGAAGGGCUCUGGCUUCUCCCACCCGGGAGGGGUGGACGAUCUCCUGGAUGACGACAAGAAGCCGGCCGGCCGGAUGGUUUCGAUUGAGACAGCCAGCUUGGACGUUUACGCCAAGUACGUCCUCAGGAGCAUCUGCCAGCAGGAAUGGGUGGGCGAGCGGUGCCUGAAGUCGUUGUGCGAGGACAGCAACGACCUGCAGGACCCCGUCCUGAGCAGCACCCAGGCCCAGCGCCUGAUGCAGCUGAUCUGCUACCCUCAUCGGCUGCUCGACAACGAGGAGGGAGAGAACCCUCAGCGGCAGAGGAUCAAGCGCAUUUUACAGAACCUGGACCAGUGGACGAUGCGCCAGUCGCUGCUCGAACUGCAGCUCAUGAUCAAGCAGACGGCCAGCAAUCAGGAGAUGAAUUCCCUCCUGGAGAACAUCGCCAAGGCCACCAUCGAGGUCUUCCAGCAGUCGGCCGAGACCAACGGCAUCGUCAGCCUGGGCAGCUGCCCCAACCUCAUGCCUGCCAACCCCAAAGCCAAGCCUGUCCUUAGCUCCUUGGAACGGUCCGGCGUGUGGCUGGUGGCGCCGCUGAUCGCCAAGCUCCCGACCUCCGUGCAGGGCUACGUGCUGAAGGCCGCGGGGGACGAGCUGGAGAAGGGGCAGCAUCUGGGCUCUUCGUCCCGCAAGGAGAGGGACCGGCAGAAACAGAAGAGCAAGCAGCUAAUGCACGAGGCGCUGAAGCUGCGGCUGAAUCUGGUGGGGGGCAUGUUCGACACAGUGCAGCGCAGCACGCAGCAGACCACAGAGUGGGCAGUGCUUCUCCUGGACAUCAUCAGCAGUGGCACGGUGGACAUGCAGUCUAACAAUGAGCUCUUCACCACCGUCCUGGACAUGCUGAGCGUGCUGAUCAAUGGCACUCUGGCCGCCGACAUGUCCAGCAUCUCCCAAGGCAGCAUGGAGGAGAACAAGCGGGCGUACAUGAACCUCGUGAAGAAGCUGCGGAAGGAGCUGGGCGACCGGCAGUCGGAGAGCCUGGAGAAGGUGCGGCAGCUGCUGCCACUGCCCAAGCAGACACGGGACGUCAUCACCUGCGAGCCGCAGGGCUCCCUCAUCGACACCAAGGGCAACAAGAUUGCCGGCUUCGACUCCAUCUUCAAGAAGGAGGGCCUGCAGGUCUCCACCAAGCAGAAGAUCUCCCCCUGGGACCUCUUCGAGGGCCUGAAGCACUCCGCCCCGCUCUCCUGGGGCUGGUUCGGGACGGUGCGGGUGGACCGCAAGGUCUCCCGCUUCGAAGAGCAGCAGCGGCUGCUCCUCUAUCACACCCACCUGAAGCCCAAGCCCCGCAGCUACUAUCUGGAGCCGCUGCCUCUGCCUCCCGAGGAGGAGGAGCCCCCCACCCCAGUGGCCCUGGAGCCGGAGAAGAAGGUGGUCGAGCCGGCUAAGGUGGAAAAGGCCAGUGCCAGCGCCGGCAGCUCUGCGGCCGAACCCAAGAACAAGAGUAAGAGCAAGAGCAAGAAACGGGCCCAGCCGGCCAGCAAGAACGAAGAAUACCCGAUGAACGCGGUCCGGGGCGUCUCCUACGGUGCCGGCAUCCCCAACGACCUCCUGCAUCACCAGCCGGGGAACUCCAUGUCUCGCCUGGCCUACGGGCAGCCUCCGGUGGGCCUCUAUGCCCAGAACCAGCCCCUCCCCGCAGGCGGCCCUCGGUUGGACACGUCGUACCGGCCGGUGCGCAUGCCCAUUGGCAAGCUGGUGCCCAACCGGCUCCCCUACGCGGGGGUCUUGCCAACCGGCAUGAGCAUGCUAGGAAUGGACCCUUCCUAUAAGUCAGCCGUCUACAGGCCGCAGCAGCCUCCUCCUCCUCUGUCCGGGGGGACUCUCCUGCGCCAGCAACUGCAGGCCAAACUGCAAGGCCAGGGGAUCCUGGGGCAGCCGCCAGUGCGCCAAAUGCCUCCUACUCCAGCUUACGGAACCGGGCAGGCAGCUCAGGGCUACACCCCCUACGGGGUGCCCCACCUCAGCCUCCAGCAGCACCCCUCCCAGGCAAGCGCCAUGGUCCCCUCGACGUAUUCCGGCCAAACCUAUCAGAACAGCCACCCCAGCGCCAACCCCGCCUUCGUCGACGCCGUCCGGUCCAUGCAGAGGCCCGGAUACGUCCACCAGCAGGCCCCUGCCUACGGGCACGCCCUGAACGCCGCACAGAGGUUCCCCCACCAGCCGAUGCAGCAGCCGACCAUGAUGGGCAGCAUCAACCACCUGAGCACGCAAGGGGUCCCCACGGGGGUCCGGCCCAGCCAGCUUCUGCCCGACCAGCAGCAGCAGCAGCAGCAACAACAACAACAGCAACAGCAGCAACAGCAGCAGCAACAACAACAAUACUUGAGGCAGCAACAGCAGCAACAGCAGCAGCUCCGGGCUAACGGUACCAUAUUUGCUCAUCCAGGCAAACUCGCUGCGGCCGUCUCGGCUGCUGGGGGCCCCGGAGGACAAAACCUCCUGGCGUGUGGCUCUCUCAGCUCAGAAGACCAGCGUCCCAACGAGGUCACGAGCAUGAUGCCAUUCUGGCUUUUACCAAAUGCAUCCACAGAGUUCAAGGGCUGCGAGGGGAACCCAUCUGCUUCGAGGCAUGUGGGUUGCAAGCGAGCUUCACUUUCUCUGGGGGUUCUCUGGGGAGUCCAGACCUUCCCCCGAAUCGCCAGCAAGAGAGACAGGAGGCGAGGCAUGAGUUUGAAGCCCUGCAAAUAA